AUGGGAAUAAAAGUGCGUGAAACUUUCGUAAGCUAUCUCAAGCCAACGGUGUACAGCGAGAACAGCUACAUUAUUAGAAAGGGAGAACCACUAGAUUUGAUGGUUUUUAUCAUACAAGGCGUUGUAUGGAGCUUCACAGCUUAUGAUGACAACGGAAGCAAUAAUGUUUUCAGAAGCUUUAAGCGACUAGAGAAAGGUGCUUACUAUGGAGAAGAAUUUCUGAAUUGGGCAUUAACAGUGUCUGAUUUUGAUUCAGCUUCCAGCUUCCCCAUGUCGUCUUUAAAUGUCAGAUGCCACACAAAAGUUGAAGCCUUAGUUCUUACAGCCAACGACUUGAAGGCUUUUAAACGUAAACAACAAUGGCUUUUGGAAUGGGCAUGUCUUGUGUUACAAAACGCAUGGCGCCACCAUAAAAUGAAAAAAAACCUAGAGGAGGCUUCUCAUCCAUUGAAGGGUGGCUAUUUACCAAGUUAA